UUAAUAAACUCACCCAUCAUACCAGCAACGAAAUGUACAUUCCAAUUGAAAACAACACAUCCAGGGGAAGGUCCACUACCGGCAAGUGACAUCUCUUUUGUAGGGAGCCGAGCUCUUGUCAAAGGAGUUCCCCUUACGCCUAAAUCAGCAGUAAAAUUAGAGUUGGUUGCACAAGACGCUAAAAGUACCGCAUCACUGAAAAACAAACUGUACACUUAUAUGCCUGUUUUAUCUCUGAGGCUUCCUCCAACUAGUAUUCCUCCACUGUCGAAACCACCUCGAUUGCCUCUUGUAGUUUCGGAAGCCAGCGCAGCCCCACAGAUUGAAACCUGGACGCAAACUGUUGGAUGUACACGAGGUGGAGCGUGUCUUGCGGAAGGGGCGUCUUCCCUGGAGAAGGUACUCCUAUCUGACGGCGUUCGUCGUCUUAAAGAUAAGAUACCAGACGUCAUUUGUGGAUCUAAUGUACCUCUGCCUAAAAGCCAUACCUUACCAUAUGGUGUGCCUAUAUCGAAAGGAAUGCUAAUACCAACUGAUGUACUCACAGCUUACAGCACUUCAAAAGAGCAAGGACUACCCAUGCCAAAUGGUAAUGUAUAUACGCCUGACGCAACACUUCACUAGAAAACCUAGAGCACCUUCGCUAGAAUGUGGACCAGUAGUGCCAGAUACUCUACCGUCUGACGAACUACCUCAAUCUAAAGAAGACUUUCCGUCAAAAAGCACAGCUUCAGAAAAGGAUCCAGGCUUAAAAAAUGAAACGAUGAAAAGUAUGCUUGCGGAUGUGUCUACGCCAAAAAGUUCAAUUUUCUUCAGUAAAAGGGAUAUCUGUACCAAGAUCCGUAUAGACCCUUAAGUCUGCGCUUUUCUUUAAGGCUACCGUUACUGCGAAAACUGAUCUUGCUCCAACCCCUACGUUUGCGCUGAAAGAUUCCUCAUGGAUAAAAUUUGCACCAGUACAAAGUCUAAUUUUUGCCUACAUCCUCGCGAUACGUACUUUCGCCGACUCUCUAUAUCAGCAGAGGCGUCUUUGUCUAAAUUUAAACGUACACCGACGAUAAAGAAUUCACCCCUACAAGGCUUAGAAGCACUAGUAGAAGCCGAAGCUCAGUCUGAAGCCGGACCUCUCGCUACACUCUCUCACAUAGGCUGAGACUAUAGCAGAAACAGAAAUAAUGUCAGCGGAGAUCGAAGUUCAGUUGGAAAUUACAGCCUCAAUAGAAAUCGACGCCCUUAGAAGAAAAGUUAGUACUUCGGCAAUGGGUGAAACUUCUGCACAACUCGGGUCAGAUUUUGAUAUGUCGCCCGAAACUGACAUUGUGGCGAAGGCCUCGCCGGCAGAAGAGGGUGAUCUGCUUUCGCCAGACUCUACAACUUCCGACCAAAUCAUAAAGGAACAAUAGAGCCUUCAAAAUUAUGUCUGACCUGAAACAGAAACCACAAGAAAAGGCACUGCCACAAGUCACCGCAUCGCCUCAGAGUAGUGCACUACCAUUAAAUAAUGACAUCCUAAGAAAAGGGGCACCCUGGACGGAAAGCGCGGGUCCGGGAGUCAAGAGCCCACCUUCAAAAAAACUUGAACCUGCUAUAAGGCACCUAUCGCAGGAUGCUGCUCCUACUGGAAGCACACCCUUACCCACGAAUGUUCCUUUGCUAGCGAACGUCCCGCGAUCAGGGUUUGCAGCUCCACAAAGCGCGUUCGGCCAAGUUGAGCUUCCACCAGCAGUGAAAGCACCGCCAGCAGCUAGUGUGCCCCAAGUACCUUUCCCACCACCUAGCCAAACCCUGCCACCCAGCCAGCCAGGACGCUAUCCAGCUAGCCAUUUUCUACCAGCAGGUCCUUCCCCAACGUCAGCAGCGCCUCCACCAGCAUUUGCCACGCUAACACCCGGUGUACCUCCUCCAGGCGCUCCUUCUACAUCAGCCGGUCCGUCUUCAUUGCCAUAUACACGCCCAGUAGCCGGUUUCCGCUCACCAGAGGGGGUGGCCUCACCAGCCUUUCAGUUUCCUCAGUGCAGCAUUUCUCUUUCAGCCGGUGCGCUUCCACCAGGUGGCUCGUUCCCCUCACCCUAUGGUCCAUUUCCUUCAACCUAUAUGUACCCACAGGUAGGACUGUAUCCACCGAUGUAUCCUUUCCCACCAACAUAUGGAUACCCGCCUCCUCCUCCUCUGCCACCAACAUAUGGGUACCCACUAACAGGUGUACCCGUAGCAGCCCCCCCUGUGGGAAUGCCCGUUGGGGCACCCUCCCCAGCUGGUCCGUUAGCGUAUGGAACAUAUGGAACUUUACCUAUGAGCCAAGCUCAACAGCUUUUAGCAGCUCCUUCCCUAGAAACGCCUUAUCAAGGAUAUGAAACUUCACCCACAUUUGCAUCCGUAGCACCUAGCCGGCACCCAACACCUAGUACACUGCCACUAGCUGUUGCACCCCAACAAGAUUAUGCCCCUCCCCUUACUGGUCUGCUUCCACAACCUCUAGCAGCCCCAACAGCUAAUAGGCGUCACUCUGAACGCCCCCUUCUAAAUACACUACCACCAGCAACUGCGCCUGUUGCUUCAUCUUCUCAGGCUUCGAUUUCCCCACGAGGCGGAAGCUCUCCGCGGCCUGAAGUGGCUUUACUAGCGGGAGGUGGAGGAUUAUUAACAGUUGUACCGCCACCGGCACUACCGAGCUCGAAAGAUGAAUCUGCUUUAAAGGAGGCGAGUCAAAUACAACGCGCACCUCCACCAAGCGGUCGUUCUUCGCCAAGAGGAGCCAGCUUGUCAAGUAGAGCGUUCUCACGAAAAGGAGAACGCGCGCAAACAGGUGCACCUACAUCGAAAAGCGCUUCUCCACCUCUAGUUCCAAAACAAAAAAAAGGUCCACUCAUGCAGACUGGCGCAGUUUCUUCAAGUAACGAUCAUCUGUUGCAACCCUCAACAAAGAGAGAACCGUUAUCUGAAUGCGCAUCUUUGUAUAAGGAGACUCCUUCAUUUAAAGAUGCAACUCAUUCCGAAGGCGAGGCUCUAGCUGAAUGCAGAAUUCCAUCUAAAACAACGACCCUUGCUAAAUUCGAAGCUCUAUCCGAAGGCGCUACGACAUCAAAAGGAACAGCAACUGGCGCAGCUGUAUUGAAGAGCGCAACUGUACCUGAGGAAGCAACUAUUCCAAAGAACGAAAUUUCAUCAAAGAGCUCUUUACCUGGAGUUUCACUGUCACCAAUAGACCUACCUUCACCCUCAACGAGGCGUUCAUCUUCUUCGAGGAUUUCCAAAAUCGCGCUGUCAGUAAUUGUUGGAGAAGCACCGCUAGAGAUGGCAAGAUUUCCAAAGACCGCCGCUCCACAGGACACCGAAACGGUCGAAGCGACAAGACAGUCUGAUGACGCAGAAGCUUUUGCUGAAACACCACAAGAUGGCGCAGCUCCCUCAGAUGUAGAAACCACGGCACCUCAAGAUAAUAAAGCCGCUCCAGAAACAGGAAGUGAUGUUCCUUCUCCAGGUUUUAUUCCUACACCAGAUAGUGCUCCGUUCGAAAGCACACCAGUGGGCGUUCAAACCACAACAUCAUUGAAGCUAGGUUGCGAGUCUCAUCCAGAUAGUAUGCUGCCAGAUAGCGUCGUUCUGAGAAGUCUCGGCACAGGGACCGAUAGUGUGCCUGAACUCGGAGGAACAACCCCAGCAUGCACAACUUUAACAUCGGAGAGGGCGGCACAACAAACGACAGCAUCACCACAAGGCCAAACCCCACCGGAUGCUGUCAUUGAUACUCCAGUUCAGAACUGAACGGCCGGUCCCCUCAGAAGCCCCUGUUUUUCUAGAAGGCCUAACUAGAUCAGAGACAGCAGCUAAAUUAGUGAUCUCAAUCAAAAUCGACACAACAUCCAUUAAGUUUGAGGCUCCAGCUAAAUCAGAGCAUGAACCCAACUGAGAUGCAGGAAAUGAUUAAAGCAGGAAGUGAACAUUCCAUAGACGAUUUUCAACCUGAUUAAUUAGGAGGUUUUAAACAAACAGUAACAUACCCCUUGCUGGGGGAGAAGCAACAUGAGUAUUGUAAAAUUCUUUUUGCUAUAAAAUUGUUUGGCCAACCGUAACU